UGUUACUGAUAAAUAUUUAAAUCUUCUCUUACACCAUAAGCUAACAAAACAACCCAAUUGGCAACACUAUACAUACUAUAUAUAUAUAUAUAUAACAUUUAAUUGGCAAGUUACAGAACAAUUAUCAUAUUUUUGCAGUACAUAUGAUUUCCAUUUCCUCCAGACAGGGCUACCCCUCUAAAUAAAGCUAAAUAUUUUUCCAGCAUCUGCGCCAGAUAUUCUUGCCAACCAACGCCCGUCAUCAACAUCAGCUCCCACCACGCGCUCGCGCUUAGUAAGUGAAUGAAAUCCUCCAAGCAAUGGAGAAUGAUGCUUAUGGCUGUCACAUCUCGAGGACCAUCAGCAACACCUCAAAAGUGUGAUGUUAAUUGUUACUUCGGCAAGUGAACGAUGUCUUCGGUCGGCGUUUUCGUCUGGUUCAUAGUGGUGGUCACCAUCCUCUCUAAGUCGCACGCGGACCGCAACGUUUAUCCUUCUGCUGGAGUGCUUUUCGUCCAUGUGCUAGAGAGAGAAUACUUUAAAGGCGAGUUCCCACCCUAUCCAAAAGCAGGUGAUCCAAGUAAUGACCCAAUCACAUUUAACACCAACCUUAAAGGCUAUCCAGACAGGCCUGGAUGGCUGCGGUACAUUCAGAGAACGCCACAUAGUGACGGAGUUCUCUAUGGCUCACCAGCAGCUGACCAUGUUGGCAAGCCAACCAUUAUAGAGAUUACAGCAUAUAACAGACGCACUUUUGAAACUGCCAGGCACAACUUGGUCAUAAACAUCAUGUCUACAGAAGAAUUUCCUCUGCCCUAUCAGGCGGAGUUCUUCAUCAAGAACAUGAAUGUUGAGGAGAUGUUGGCCAGUGAGGUAUUAGGAGAUUUCCUCGGUGCUGUAAAGAAUGUGUGGCAGCCCGAGAGGCUCAAUGCCAUCAACAUCACUUCAGCACUGGACAGAGGUGGACGAGUCCCCUUACCAAUCAAUGACCUGAAAGAGGGCGUGUAUGUGAUGGUGGGAGCAGAUGUGCAGUUCUCGUCAUGUCUGCGAGAAGUUGAGACUCCACAGAACCAGCUGCGCUGCAGUCAGGAGAUGGAGCCCAUCAUCAGCUGCGACAAGAAGUUCAGCGCUCAGUUCAACAUUGAUUGGUGCAAGAUCUCUCUGGUGGACAUCACUAAGGUAGUUCCUGUGUACAGUAAUCGUCAAGACCCGGGCACAGGAGUGCUACCAGACAUCGGAGAGUACAACCCACCUUCUGAGUCACUGAAAAGUAGAGACUUUUUUGCUGACUUCCUGAUCACACUAGCUGCACCUUCGGCUGUUGCCCUGGUCCUCUUCAGCAUCCUUGGCUACUCCAUGUGCUGCCGGCGGGAAGGGGUGGAAAAAAGAAACAUGCAAACACCAGAUAUUCAGCUGGUUCACCACAGCUCCAUUCAGAAGUCUACUAAGGAGCUUCGCAACUUGUCUAAGAACAGAGAGAUCUCGUGGCCCCUCUCUACACUGCCAGUCUUCCACCCUGUGAGUGGAGAGGUGGUGCCACCCAUCCACCCCGACAACUAUGAGACUACCAGCAUGCCACUCAUGCAGACGCAGACAAAUCUUCAAAAUCAGAUCCAGAUUCCACAGCAGCAAACCUCUGGAGAUAAUUAUUGUACGUCAACUUUUCGGAGGCUAGAGGUAAAUGGUAUUCCUGAGGAGAGGAAGGUGGCAGAAGCUCUAAACCUGUGAUGAGGUCCCAUUUUUCACUUGUGCCAAAUGUGCACGUGUAGCCGUAGCUUUAAGCUCAAUGCAUUUUUGUUCUAAUGCACACAUCUGAAUGUGCAAUGCACAAAACAGUGUAUUCACAUUGUGGAAGUAAUGUUAAGAUGGGCACACUGAAGGGAUAUUUAAAAUGGAUAUCAAAAUUAAACAUGUUGACAAAGUAUUCUAAAUUUUAAUUAGGAGUCCCCCUCAAAUAAAGAUACUGUAUACUUCCUUUUGUCUACCACUAAUCGGGGCACAUUAAAAAGGGACAUGCUGAUGCUUGAAGAGGUUAAUAUUGCUCUUUUUCUGUUGUUGAUGUUCUCUUACACAAGUAAAUAUGUUUUGAUAAAUAAAUUACACUUGUGGAAAAAAAAAAUAAAAGUUUGUUCUGGGGUAUGAGUGUUAAAAGAAUGUUCCAGGUACAAUACAAGUUAGGCUCAAUCAAUUGCAUUUGUGGCAUGAUGUUGCCAUCCACCAUAAACGUGUCAUAAACCAAGAAUGUUACUGUAACUCACUCAUCUCUUAUUUAAAAUAAAAUGCAAAAGUCAUGGGGCAUGUCUAAACUAGUUUUGUGGUAAUAAAUAUUAUGCUACAAAUGCUGUUGAGUGAGCUGAACUUGUAUUCAACAUGGGAAAAAAAAGGAAAAUAUCUUACAGGUAUUUAAAAAGUAAAAGAUUAAAACAAAUUUACAUUAUUACUUUUUUUUAGAAGGGGUUUAUCGUAAACAUUGGCUUUACAAUAAGAUGAAGGCAUUUCCAAAUUAACAUUAAUAAUUUCACAUUGUUGGACAAAAAAAAACAAAAAACAAAACACAACAACUUACACAGACCUGCAGGUUUUUUUUUUUUUUAAAUAAAA